AUGCUUGUAUUUAUAUUACUCCUCCCUCACUCUCUUGCUGCUGCUGCUGCUGCUCCUGGUCUUGCUGUUGUUGCUGGAACAGGAUCCACUACAGGGACAGAAUCUGGUAGUACGGCAGCAACAGCACGACCGCAGCUUACUGUUACUGCUGCUGCUGCUGCUGCUGCUGCUGCUGGGGGAGGGGAAGCAUCACGUGGAGGGUUAGAUCAUAAGACAAAUAUUUCUGCUGCAGCAAACUGUACAUUCUUUCAUGCUUCCUCUAGGACAAAUGCAGCAGCAGCAGCAGCAGCAGCAGCAAUAGCCGCCACUGGUGUGGAGCAGCGGCAGCAGCAAAAACAGCAGCAGCAACAACACGAGCAGCAGCAGCAGCAGAACCAGGAGAGUCUAGAUAACCUGCAGCUACACGAAUACGGGGGAGGUGCAGAGCUGCUGCGGCAGCUGUCUCUUCCUGCUGCUCCUUUGUCUCUGCUGUCUCCUAAACAGGUCCCUCGCUCGAAGGCAGCAGCUGCUGCUGCCUCUAAUGCAGCAGCAGCAGCAGCAGCAGGCAUGCAGCAGCAAGCAGCUGUCUCCUUAGGGUGCCUCAAAGCAAUCGGGCAAAAAGCCGCUUCACAAAAAGCAUCCGAUGCUGCGCUGCUGCAGCAACAGCUGCAGCAGCACAUGCAGCAGCAGCUGCAACAACAGCUGCAACAGCAUCUGCAGCAACGACUGCAGCAACAGAUGCAGCCGCAGCAAGUCGCUGAAUGGCCAGGUGACAUCUUCAGGUCACUCGGGCUGCAGCAGCAGCAGCAGCAGCAGCCGCAAUGCCAUCUGCAGCAGCCCCUGCAGCAGCCCCAUCAACAGCUCCUGCAGCAACCACUGCAGCAGCAAAGGCAGCAGCAGGAGCAGCAGCAGCAGCAAGAUAACCACUUUUCUGACUGGACCAGUGACCUCCUAAAGGCACUGGAAUUCAGGGAGGUGCAGCAGCAGCAGCAGCAAUCGCAGCAACUGCAGCAGGAGACAGGAGUGUACCUCAACUCUCGCUUCUUGGGGCAAGGUGCCCAGGAGCAGCAGCCAGAUGACACAGUUGCUGCUGCUGCUGCUGCUGCUUUGAAUUGGAAGCCCUCUCCUGCUGCACCGCUGCAGCCAGAGACACGGGAGCUGCUAAGAGGCAGCUGCUCAGAAGCAGCAGAAGACAGGCUGCAGCAGCAGCAACUGCAGCAGCAGCUAGCGAUGCAGCAAUCAUGGAAGGCCAGUGGCCCUCAUUUGCACCGACAGGAAGUGCAGCAGCAGCAGCUUCUGCAACAGCAGUUGCAGCAACAGCUGCAGCAGCAACUGCAGCAACAGCAGCAGCAGCAACAGCAGCAGCAACGGCAGCCACAGCUUCCUAACUUGGAGGAGCUUUUUAAGAGCCAAGCGGCGCUGCAGCAUUUGCUGCAGCUUUUCCUGACACAGAGGGAGGUAUCUACACCUACAGCUAGCCCAACUGCAGCAGGCAGCAACAGCACCAGCAGCAGCACAACAACCACCAGCAGCAACGCCUGCUGCAGCAGCAAGGCACCUAGCAACGGCAGUAACUGUAACGGCAGCAGCACCAACGGCCACACUUUAUUUCCUCCUUUUUACUCCCCGAAGGUCCCAGCACCCGCAUCUCCAAGUUCUUCCUUGCUGCUUGCACUGCAGCAGCAGCAGCAACAGCAGCAACAGCAGCAACAGCAGCAGCAAGGGGUGGAUAUGCUAUGUGUGAAGCCGGGGUCUGCCGAAGGAAUCAGCGACAAAUGCAUUCCCCCGGUCCCUUUGUCUCCUCUGUUGCUGCCUGCUUCUGAACUACAGCAGCAGCAGCAGCAACAGCAGCAGCAGCAGCAGCAGCAGCCGGUCCCGCUGGAACGAAGCAAAUGCCUAUUAGAAGGCCUCUGCAUGCAGCUGCCUGAACAAAUGCAGCAAAGCCCGUGGGAGCAUCUUGAUGCAGCAAAUGGUGCAGCUUUUAGCAGUGCUUUGCAGCUACACCUGCAGCAGCAGCAGCAGCAGCAGCAGCCACUGCAGCACCAAGCACAUCAUCCGCUGCAACCGCUGCACCUGCAGCAACAGCAGCAAAUCGUUGCACCUGCAGCAGCAUUCACAAAGGAAGCACCACAGCAGCUAAAGCAGCAACUGCAGCAGCGGCCAACUAAUGGUGCAGAAAGUCAUGCAUUAGAUAACAGUGCUGCUGCUGCUGCUGCUGCAGCUGCAGCAGCAGCAGCUGCUACUGCAGCAGCAGCUGCAGCUGCUGCUUCUGCUGUUCCGAUGGAACACACGCAGCAGCGACUUUUGAGGGCUGAAGGCGCAGCAGCACCUUUUGAACCGCUACAGCAGCAGCAGCAGCAACAGCUGCAGCAGCUGCAGCAGCUGCAGCAGCACGUGUUGCAGAUUGCGUCUCCUCUGUCCCGCCCCUCCGACUCCUCUCCUUCUUCGCCGCAGCAGCAGCUGCUGCUGCAGAGUUUGCUGUCUCCUUCUACUGACCCUUUAGUAGAUGACACACCAGAACCUUGUGUCUCUGCUGCUGCUGCUGCUGCUGCUGCUGGGUCUGUCAAGACACUGCACUAA